AUGGAUCUGCUCAAGAGUUACCUUGUGCUCCUGGCCACGGCCAUCUGCCUGUGUUUCUGCGGCGUGCAGGCCACGCUCGCCAUAGAAAAAGCCAUGCCUUCUCUUCCGGAUCCCAGCCAGCUGCUUGCUAAAAUCACCAAGCCGAAACCUGUCUCCCUACCGGAUCCUAGCCAACUGCUCGCCAAUCUUCCGGAAAAACUUACCAAAGCCAAGCCGGCCUUCUUAUCGGACCCUAGCCAGUUGCUCUCGAAAUUCACGAAGCCCAAGCCCGUGUUCGUUAAGCCCGUCAUUGUAAAGCCAGUGGUAGUGGUCAAGCCCGUGGUUGUCGGUGGAGGCGGAGGUGGACAUGGACAUGGACAUGGACACGGGCAUGGACAUCAUGGCAAGAAUAAGUUUAAGUUUUAG